AUGGAUCCGAGUCAAUACCCGAGCCCGAAUAAUGUCGACGACGAUAUGCCGAUGUUUGGAGGAGGAGGCGGCGGCACAAGGCGAUCGAGGAGUUCGGAGGUUAUCGCGAGGACUCUCACUAGGGCUUCCACUAGGGCAUCCAUCGUGGAUGCCCUAAUUGUGAGACUAAAGUCCUAUAAAGGGAUUUGGGAGAGAUUAAGUAAGGAUUCAUUGGUUUAUCCAAGUGUUGUUACAUACAAUGUCGUGAUCAGUGGUUUGUGUAAGUGUGGGAGGUUCGGAGAGGGCGUGGAGCUGUGGAAAAGGAUGAGACAGAAUGAACGGAAAAUGGAUUUAUACACGUACAGUGCUUUGAUUCAUGGGAUGUGUGAAACUGGGGAUAUUGAUGGGGCUGAGAGGGUUUAUAAAGAGAUGGCUGAGAGUAAGAUAUCACCCGAUUCUAUUGUAUAUAAUGCAAUGCUGAACGGCUAUUUGAAGGCUGGGAGAGUUGAUGACUGUUUGAGGUUGUGGGAGUUGAUGGGGAAGGAGGGUACGCGAAGUGUUGCUAGUUUUAAUAUAUUGAUGAAAGGGCUAUUUGAUCAUGGUGACAUAGGCAAAGCAUCCUCUGUAUGGGAGCUCAUGCAGGAGAGUGGUGUUGCUGCUGAUUCCACAACUCAUGGUAUUUUAGUCCAUGGGCUGUGUGACAAUGGAUACAGCAGCUAUGGUUUACAUGCAUUGAAGACUGCUGAGGGGAAAGGAGAUGCUCUAGAUUGCUUUGCUUAUUCAGCAAUGAUCAACAGGUUAUGUAAAGAAGGAAAAAUUGAUGAAGCAGCUUCUGUGCUGAAUGACAUGGUUAAAACUGGCCUUGUGCCGAAUGCUCAUGUUUACAAUGCUCUGAUCAAUGGUCUUGUAGGUACUUCUAAGAUUGAGGAUGCAAUUAGGUUGUACCAUGAGAUGGGAAAGGCACAUUGUUCCCCCACUGUUGUUACCUACAAUACUCUUAUAAAUGGGAUGUGCAAGGCUGAAAGGUUUGGUGAAGCGUAUGACCUUGUGAAAGAAAUGCUGGAGGCUGGAUGGCAGCCAGGUGUUAUCACUAUUAGCAUAUUGAUAAAAGGUCUCUGUUUAAGACAUAAGGAAGACAUGGCUCUUAAUCUAUGGAACCAAGGUAUUAGCAAAGGUCUUAAACCUGAUGUACAGAUGCACAAUAUUUUGAUUCACGGCCUCUGUGCUGCCGGCAAAACUCAACUUGCUCUGUCAUUAUACUUGGACAUGGGUCAUUUCAAUUGUGCACCAAACCUUGUUACCCACAAUACUCUUAUGGAAGGUUUUUAUAAAGAGGGUGACCUAAGAAACGCUACUGUAAUCUGGGCUCGCAUCUUAAGAAAUGGUCUACAGCCAGAUGUCAUUUCUUAUAACAUUGCACUUAAAGAUCCAAAAUAAUUUGGUUCAUGAAACGACUGACAGUGCAGAUGACAUGAUUGCUGAGAUUUAGUGAGGAACGGGGGAUGCAGGGUAAGAUAAUUUUCCCUUGCUGUAAGACUACGAGAAGAGCAUAUUGCAGUAUUAAAGCAAUGAACUUUGGAUUGAUGCAACAGCAAGUUCAACCUGAUCACCUGAUGUAUCAGCCCCGAAUAGUAAUAUUGUAUUUGGAGUUAUAAUCCAUGCAACAAGUACAGUCUUCCAGUAUAUUCCCUGAGAACUAUGUAUACAAUUUCUGUCAUGCUCCUUCACAUCAUUCCUUCUGGAUUUGGCAUUCGAAGUAUUCCACCAUUUUUUGACUCUCCUCAAUCUCCACCUUGCUGAGCUCCAUGGGCUCCUGAAAUGCUUGCAUUCGACAUUUUAUGUCCCAUUAUCUGCUCGAGAAAAUAAAUAUACCUGGUUAUUACCAAACCUGAAACUAAUGCUUCCUUACAGAAUGAAAUUAUAUCAAGGAAAAGGAAAAGAUUGCAUGAAGCAACAAAAAAAAAUCCACUGACAAUCUUCUAGCAAUGGGUUUCGACAGACAUCAGUAUACCUAAACUGCAGAAGUUUUAUCGAUAUUGUUUGUCUAUUGUUCUUCUUUCUCAUUUAUUUGCAAGUUGCUCUAAUAGUAUUCCCAUGCUUAUUUAUUUACAAAUUCUCCUGCUGUUAUCAGUGGAAGCAGCUCUUCGUAGGUGGCGUAGGAGCAGACCACCAAGUUGGAGUAUCAACUACUGAAGAAAGGGGCGGCAAAGUUAGCGUAGGUGCAGGCCACAAAGUUGGAGGGUCAUCUGAGUCAAACCGAGCCCAUGGAAGAGCGGGACGUAGAGAUGGAGGAUGAGCUGACUAGGGAGUUGGGAGCUGCAGACGCUUACGCAGACUAUGAUAUUGAAGUCACAAAAGAAGGUGAAGCCAUUUAAUGAGUAUUUAGCACUGAUCAGCUCUGCAGAGAAUGCUAGAAAGAGCCAUCUUCCACAGUUUAUCGCCUUGAUUUAUUUCCUUUUGUACAGUUAAUUCUGUUAUUAUCCUAGUCUACCUUAGGUUUUUCGAAUUGAUAAAUGACAUCUCUCUGAUGUUGGUUGGUUAUGCUGGUAAACUAAGUCAGUCAUUUCAAUUAAAGCCUACUACUCCCUCCGUCCCCUAAAUAUUAUCCCACUUUGACCUGGCAUAGGUCUUAAGAAAUGUAAUAAAAAGUGGAUUGAAAAAGUUA